AUGCGGUGGCGGCUGCUGUGGCUGCUCAGCGCCGCCGCCGCCGGCUGCUGCUGGGGCCUCGCCGCGGGCAAGACUCUGCGGGGCGGCUUCACCAGCUCCGCCGCCCGCCGGGAGCCGUGGCGGCCCGUGGCGCACUUCCAGUUCCACGGUGACCAUGCUGUUCUGUGUGUCAGAAUCAAGAAUGUAGCAGUAGCUGUGGCAAAAGCAGCUAGACUUCACCUCUUUCAAGCACAGGAAUGGCAGAAGCUGGAGAACAGUGUCCAAGACCACAGCUGUACAGAGAAGUUCUCUAAAGCUCAGCUGACAAUGACUGUGAACCACACAGAGCAAAAUCUGACAGUGUCCCAGAUUCCUUAUCCGGAAACAUGGUAUGUGUUUUAUGUAGACAAGUUUACCUGCGAAGAGAAUUAUUCUGAAUCCGAGGAUAUUCAGUUUGAAAUGAUCUUACUAAACCCAGAUGCAGAAGGGAAUCCAUUAGAUCACUUUAGCGCAGGGGAAUCUGGAUUACAUGAAUUCUUUUUCCUGCUUGUCCUUGCAUACUUCAUAACUGCAUGCAUAUAUGCACAAUCCCUGUGGCAAACAAUUAGGAAGCGUGGACCUAUGCAUGGUGUAUUAAAGGUGUUGACAAUUGCAUUACUGUUGCAGGCUGGUUCAGCAUUUGCCAACUACCUGCAUUUCUCAAGUUACUCUAGAGAUGGGAUAGGAGCUCCUUUUAUGGGAAGUCUGGCAGAAUUGUGUGACAUAAUCUCACAGAUACAGAUGCUGUACUUAUUGUUGAGUCUGUGUAUGGGUUGGACAAUAGGCAGAAUGAAGAAAUCUCAUGGCAGACCUCUUCAGUGGGAUUCCAGUCCAGCGUCUACCGGCAUUGCUGUAGUAGUUGUUGUUACACAGAGCUUCUUGUUAAUUUGGGAGCAGUUUGAAGAUACAAAUCACCACAGCUACCAUUCACACCAUGGCUUGGCGAGUGGGCUGCUCAUUGGCCUCAGAGUCUGCCUAGCUCUGUCCCUGGCUGCUGGGCUGUACCAGAUUAUCACAGUGGAGAGAAGCACACUGAAAAGGGAGUUCUACAUCACCUUUGCCAAAGCCUGCAUUCUCUGGUUUCUGUGCCACCCAUGUCUUGCAACCAUUGCUGUAAUAUUCAGAGAAUAUCAAAGAGAAAAGAUUAUUACCAUAGGAGUUAUCCUCUGUCAGUGCAUCUCCAUGGUUAUCCUCUACAGACUUUUUCUAUCUCAUAGUCUAUAUUGGGAAGUAUCUUCACUGUCAUCAGUGACAUUGCCACUAACAAUAUCCUCUGGACAUAAAAAUCGACAUCACUUCUGAGAUGUUUGGGAAGAAUACAUUACCUAAUAAAUGUGCAAUAAUGACUUGAAUAUGCAGGUAUUUUUGUCACAAGUGUAUGAUACAUUGGUUUCACUGGAAAACUGAGUGAUAAUAUCAAAGCACUUCACAGACCGUUAGUCUGACGAGAUUCCUAGAUAAAUGUGUUAAAAAUAUUGUGGAGUUGAAUACUGAAGAGUAUUGAAAAAUAUUGAAGAGUUUUAUAGAUACCGUUUAACAAGUGGUGCUGAGUUAUAUCACAGAAGAGUACAAUGAAUCUUUUCUCUCCCAUUCACGGACACCAAAAAUGCCAUUACUUUGUGUCAGUACUAGGUUUGAAGGUCUUAUAAAAUGGAGUUCCUAAAACAUCUACGUGCUCAAACAAGUUUAAAAUAGGCCAGUUGUGAAAUUGGUGUGAUGCAUAACGAUGAGUAAAAGGAUUUUUUUUGUUUUCAUGCUUUAGAGAAAAUGCAUUUUAUGUAUCAGUGUAAAAGAUAGGGAAAGAAAGGAGGGAGAAUCAUCUAGAAAACAUAUGUAAAAUGUUCACAACUGACUGCAAGAAACCUUCCUUUGUCAUGGGUGUAAAAGAAAAGCCUUUUUUUGCAUCUAAUGUUCAUACUGGUUAAAAUCCUAAUGGGAAUGUAAAUAGGGUUUAUGUCUUCCUUUUUUAAAAAAUAAGUAAAUGUAACUAAAAAUUCCAUCCAGUAAUCAAGGUCUGAACAGUUUUUGAGGCUUGGAAUACAUAGCAACAUAAAGGUAAUUAAAACAGCAGCCUUGCAUCUUUUAAAGGAGAAAAAAAAGGCAAAGAAAAUGGAAUGGGUGAUGUGGUACUAGAAUUUUAAUCCUGAUAUAAUUCAUUUCUGUUACAUUGAGGAUUCAAUCAUAAUUAAGCCAUAUACACAGAUUAAAUUAACAGAAGCAUUUCAAAUAAAUGUUGGUUUCAGUCAUCAACUACCCAUGAAUUCCUGCCCAAGGAUACUUAAUCAGGAUUAAAUUUUCUAUGAAUAAUUGAAAAACAAAAUACUCACUGGAUUUGUUAUAAUCCAUGUUGGCACUGGGUUCUAAGUAGUUGCCAUCUUCCAUCCGUUGUAAUAAAGCCAUUCUAUUUUGUGAUGCCCUAGCAUCCAGAAAGCCAGUGUAAAUAUAUACUUUAUUGAAGUGCCUAUUUAUAGAGUAUGAUUAAAUCAUGCUGACACUUUUUUUCUUUCAUAAUAAGAACAUACCUAUUGCCAUUGUGAGUGAAAUUUUUCAUUUUGGAUUUAGCUUAGUUUAAACUUCGUACAUGUGUGUUUCUUCACAAAAUGGAUUUUAUUUUCUAGUAAAUCAAUGUUUGCUUCUUCUUAA